CUGGGCUGUCUGUCCUGCUGUUUUCAAGCUCAGCCAAUCCUCUAUGUGCGAGGGGCUUCAGCAUCAUGAUAUUUAACACACCCACCCUGAACAUCCGACAGAGGUAUUUCCUCAAGCGCCUGUCAACGGGCAAGCAUCACCUUCACAUGAGCUGGAUGUUCAGCAAGAAACGCUGAAACUUUCUCCAAAGAUCACAUUUGUCGACGGAAGGAGGUGCGAUGCCACACUUUCUCGAAACCUGCCAGGGCUGCCAUGCGUCUCAUCGCUUUCAACGACUGAACAGCCUCGAUUUGUAUCGGAUAAGAAGAGCGAAUGAACUUGUGCAGCUGUGAAAGCGAUCUCGUGCGUUGUACGAAUAGCGACAGAUGUUUUCUCCGUACACUGAGAUGGACCGCGGCAUCGCGAACACGCACUUUUGUGGAUCAUUUAUCUGACGAGGCUUGACUUAAUUAUAUCUCGCAAAUAUCUGCAGCUAUUAACUGUUGAAAUAGACUAUGCGUGAUUGUGUCGGAGAUUGUUCUCGCGUCUGACUGCACGGGAGGAAUUUAAUCGCGAGCGCACGUAAAUAACUGGAUUAUUGUUUCGCAUGGAUGUGGAUGAGCGCUUUGCUAAAUAAAUCCUCCUUUCUGCCCUGAAACUGGCAAAUGAAAACGAAAACGUUCCAUGUGUUCUUCUCAUAAAAUUGGGAGCCCGUGUUUUAUGUACUGUUGGCGAUGUAGUGCGCUUGCUCACUUUUAUCCCUGCCUUUCCAAACAAGUCUUUUCUCGAACAGGAGACCCUGAAGAUGAUCCUCUUCAGAAAAUUCCGCGUCUUGAUUCUGAUGGUGUUUCUUAUAGCCUGCUCGAUGCACAUUAUGAUAGACUUGUUACCGAAGCUGGAGAGACGGAGCAGUAGCGCGUGCUCGUGCUCACACACACCCAGCGAAGAGCCGCAGAACUGGGCUAAGCAUCGAGCCAAGCCGGGAUCAGAGUCCGGCUGGCCUAAUAAACACACGCUCAGAAUACUUCAAGACUUCAGCAACGAGCCGAACUCAAACCUGUCCUCUCACUCGCUGGAAAAGAUCACCGUUGGGGAGAGAUCCGAGACUUUGAAAAGGUUUGAGCAGUUGACAGGUGACGAGAAGAGGCACGCGGCACGGGACUCUACCUUGAAGAACGCAGCUGUCAAGGGUUCGAGGCUCUCUGCGCUAUUUGAGCAUCCUUUAUACACCAGGCCGUUGCCUCCUUUAACUGACGAAGACACUUUAUUCAAUGUCAACACUGAUAUAAGAUUUGACCCUAAAGCUGCAGAGAACCCAGAGUGGAAUGGGGAAGGUAAAGAUGGGGAUUAUGCUCCUACGGGUGAGAUGUCCUCAGACACCUACCCAAAUUGGCUCCGCUUCCACAUUGGGAUCAACCGGUAUGAGCUUUACUCCAGGCACAACCCAGUCAUAGAUGCAAUGCUGAAGGAUCUGGUGUCGCAGAGAAUUACCAGUGUUGCAAUGAAAUCUGGAGGCACGCAGCUGAAGCUCAUCAUGACAUUCCAGAACUAUGGCCAGGCGCUCUUCAAGCCCAUGAAGCAGACACGGGAGCAGGAGACACCCCCAGACUUCUUCUACUUCUCCGAUUUCGAGAGGCACAAUGCUGAGAUCGCAGCAUAUCAUCUAGACAGGAUCCUGGAUUUCCGUCGAGUGCCGCCAGUGACUGGGCGACUGGUGAAUAUGACCAAAGAGAUACGAGAUGUGACCCGUGACAAAAAACUGUGGAGAACCUUUUUCAUUUCACCAGCCAAUAACAUCUGUUUCUACGGUGAAUGUUCGUACUACUGCUCCACUGAGCAUGCUCUGUGUGGGAAGCCUGACCAGAUCGAGGGCUCUUUAGCAGCAUUUCUGCCCGACCUGGCCUUAGCCAAGCGCAGGACCUGGAGAAACCCCUGGAGACGAUCCUAUCACAAACGCAAGAAAGCAGAGUGGGAGGUGGAUCCAGAUUACUGUGAAGAGGUGAAGCAGACGCCACCCUAUGACAGCGGCACACGCCUGCUGGACAUCAUGGACAUGACCAUUUUUGAUUUCCUCAUGGGAAAUAUGGAUCGUCAUCAUUAUGAGACAUUUGAAAAAUUUGGAAAUGAAACUUUCAUUAUUCACCUUGAUAAUGGAAGAGGCUUUGGUAAACAUUCUCAUGAUGAACUCUCCAUACUGGUGCCUUUGAGUCAGUGCUGCAGGAUGAAGAAGUCCACUCAUUUACGGCUUCAGCUAUUGGCUAAGGAGGAGUUCAAACUGAGUGCUCUGAUGGAGGAAAGUCUGCAGGCUGAUACACUGUCACCCAUCCUUAUUAGGCCUCAUCUGGAGGCCAUGGACCGCCGGCUGCGCCUGGUGCUCCAGGUACUGGCCGACUGCAUUGAGAAGGAGGGCUACAGUAACGUAGUAGAGGACGACCUGCUCGUGGAGGGCUUGAACACGGGCACAGCCCCACAAAGGUAGUGGGCACAGACUGAUCAGGUGCCCCCAGCGGCUCCUUUGAAGUCCCACCACAGCUCUAAAGACCAUGAACGUCUUGCAAGAGAUGCUCUUGUUGAUAAACUCUUCUGAAUUCAGUGAAUUCCAAAGACUCAUUCCUCAACUAAUGGACCAUGUGUUAGAAUAAAGACACGCGGUAGACAGAGAAAGAGACGGUGUUCUUACAGUCCUACAUCCAAAUUGUGAUCUUCACAUGUAACAGCCAGUAUUGUAAAGCAGUGCUUCUCAACUGGUGGACUUAAAUGCAAAUAAUUAUAAUAAAAAUAAUGAUGAUAAUAAUCAUUUUUAUUAUUAGUAUUAUUAUUGCAGCAGCUUAUAAAAUACAAUGCAAAUAAACCAGAAAUAAUAAAUAAAUAUUGAUAUAAUAAUAAUUAUUAUAGUUGAUUAAAAAACAAAUGAUCCAAUUCAGCUUUUGUUUAUAUAAUUUGGUAUAUUAUUGGGCCUAAGCAAUAAUAAUUAUUAUUAUUAUCAUUAUUACUUGAUAUAAAUAACGUAGGGUUUCUUUUUCUAUUUAGCCUUUGGUUCUGUGUUGCCACAUAUUGUCUAAUGUGAGAUGCAAAGCAAAACCAGUUGAGAACCACUGUUACAAAGGAUCUAAAUAUAUACAUAACAAAAAAUUCAUAUAUUUCCAUGUUUUUACAGAACGCCAUUUAACCAGUAUUUGCUGUCCCUUUGGGAAACUAUUUGAACUUUAAAGUUGUAGCGACCUUUUUUUUUUUUUAAAGAAAUAAGCAAAGGAUGUGCAGGACAUACCAACGGCUACACUGAAUGUUUGGCUGACGUUUUUGCAACUAAAGAAGGCAACAUUUCAGCUGACAUUUCAGUUCGAACUACAGCUUCACAAACUCUCUCACCGCUGUACGUGACGUGUGCACCUUUGUCUGAAUAUACGUGGACUUUCAUGCCUUCAAAUAAAAUUCUUUAUACUCUCUCCAUACCAAGGAGGAAUGAGAGGAACUGUGCUUUCAUAUAGCAAUGUAUUUUUCUUGACCUUAUUUAGGACAAAAUACUUUGAGUUAAAUGUGAGUUUUUUCCCCCAAAAGUGUCCCGUCUGUCAUGUUAUAGCUGAUCAGAGGUUAUUUAUUGAGUUCCAUAUUUAUUAUUCCAAACAUGCCAUUCAUAAAUUCUGUUACAAAUCAAAGAGGUAGAUUCAUCUAGUACAUUAAACCAGUUGCAGUAUUUGUGCUAAUGUGAGUAGAUAAGUAAAAAUGUGCAGUAUAUGUUUGAAAAAAGUUGAUGGUUUACUGGAUUUCAGAGAAAUGUCCUUAAAAUGUAACAACUCGCAUAAUUUCCAGCAUAUCAGAUCUUUUUUCAGUAAGGCAAUAUCAAAAACUGAACGUUUCAAUAUCAAUAAUCAAUAUUGUUGAGUGUGACUGCUGCAUUUCCACCCACAUGUGACCUAAAAAUGUAGCCCUUCAAUUGCACAAGGAUACUGAUUAAUAAUGUCAAAUCUAUGAAUCACUGUAGAAUUUUCAUGCUAUUAAACUAAAAUUUUGAAAAACUG